UACUCGUCCCAACCUUGCAGAUGAUCCUUAAGUGCUCUGAAGUGGAAAGAAGGACAUAUUUAAGGCUGCAGACCUGAAACAUUCUGUAGAUUUUUUUGUUUACCUUUUGCUUAAGUCUGGCAGGCAGCAGAUAAGGUAUGGUGUCUUUUGCUCUUAUGGUGCUGCAUUGGUGGUAGAAUGACCUUCUGAGCUCUGGGUCAUUGGUUCAACAAAGCGUCUGCAUCUGGUUUUCCAGAAGAUUUUGGAAGAAUCUUUGGACCUUGUCAAUCUGCUUUCAAGCAGACUUCUAAGCUAAACAAAGAUUCCCAGAAUUUGUUUGGACAUUCCCUUUCUAACCUCUCAGUCAUGGUGCGAAUCACUUGCACAAUCUCCUUCACAACAGAUGAUGACCCUGCCGGAGGGUCUUACCGGGACAGCUUUGAUGAUCACUACAAGCGAGUGGUGCGGUCUGGAGAGAGUGAACCGGGCUCCUACAAGGAAGAAUGUGACGAUCCAGACGUUUAUGAAGAGCCAGUAGAAGAAGAGCAGCCCGAUAUUUCACUUGCGACAUUCUUUGGCGGUUGUUCCCUUCAUGGUGCCAACCACAUAUUUGUGGAGGAGAAGAAGUUUGGGAUUCGGCAGGGUCUCUGGGCUGUGUGCUUCUUGAUGGCGCUGUCCUUGUUCCUGCUUCAGGUGGGGGACCGGAUUGUCUACUACCUUCAGUAUGACCAUAUUACCAUGCUGGAUGAGCGCAAUGCAGACAACAUGACCUUCCCAGCCAUCACCAUCUGCAACUACAACACCUUCCGCCGCUCCCAGCUCAGCUACAGCGACCUGCUCUUCAUGGGACCUCUCCUGGGUUAUGAGGACAACAUGGCUCCUGGCAUCCCUCUUGCCCCUGAGCCCGAUCGUCAGGGUGCCCGGUUCAGCUUGGCCGAGUUCUUCAACCGAACCCGACACCGGAUGGAGGACAUGCUGUUGGAUUGCGCCUUCUCUGGGAAGGAAUGUGGCCCUGAGCAUUGGAGAGAGGUAGAGGAAUUUGUUUGAAAUGUAUCCAUGAGCAAAUUGCUGAAAAUCAUGUUUACAGCAAUUUGAUUAAACAAAUGAAUUUGAUUGGCGAAGAUUGGAAAGGAGUAGAAGAAUGUCUUCAAUGUAUGUCAAUGGAAAAUUGCUGUGAACCCCUUCUAGUGUUGGGAGAAAACAGCAUUUUGAUUAUUCAUAUUAAUUAAGUAAUUUGAAGUAAUUUUAUCAAUGGCAUUGUACUAGCUAUUUUACUGACUAGAAAUGCAGAGUAGAAACAUCAAUAAAACUAAACAACUAUGCAAAAUGUAUAGCCUCUAGCCUUUAUUAUUAAGUAAAAAUCUCAUUACUUUCCAACUGUUGACGAGCCCUGAACCGUGGAGAUUAGCUCAAUGAAGGUAUUAAAAUGACCUAAGCAAUGACCUAAAUACCGCAGAUUAUUUUGACAUAGGACAUGAUCAAAGGAUCUAAUGGUGUAUGCCAUUUUACUGCAGGUACAAGAAAAAGUAUGUGGACCCUUUGGGAUUACUUGGAUUUCUGAAUAAAGU